AUGGGAUCGAGUAGUUUGUUAGAGCAGCGUCAAAAAGAAGAUAAAGCUGCUUGGGAUGCGUAUUGGCAAUUGCGUGACUUAGAUUCACGAGGUACAAUAUUCCCCAGAUUUAAAUACUACGCACAGAAGGCGUUCGAUGCUCCUGCAACGUGGUUCAGAGAAAAAAUUGUGGAACCUACGAACAACAGGAAUCGUUUACCGUAUUAUCAACGUAAGCUGACUCGUGUACCGGAAAUUGAUGAGUGUGGAGUCAAUGACAAGGCGUGUUUCUUUGAAGCUAAUGAACAAUAUCGUCUCGACAAAAUGGUUGAUGGUUUUAUUCUACAGAUUCUGCGCCACCGUGCUGACCGCUGCAUGCUUUACCACAAACCGGAUUUGUCACCUUGCGCUAAGGUUAUUGAGGACUUAGAAGAGAACGAAUUGAAUUUUUUCAUAAAAUAUGGUGAGUUGGGAGGGGAAGCGGACGUUCGUGAUGCAUACAUGAAGCAGAAACACCGACUUAUUUGGGAGCGACGUCACCCAGAGAUCAUGGAGGCACGGCAGAAUGCUCUCAAAGAGCAUAAAGAAAAACUAGCUAAUGGGGAAUUUGACUACUCAUUCUGGAAGAAAGGCAUGUUCUGGCAGGAUAAGAAAAAAUACGAAGCACCGUACGAAUUUUAUGUAUCUAAAUCACCACUUGAAGGUGAUAGGCCUCUUUCAAAGGAUUGGCAAUAUUACAAGAAGGUCGCCCAAGAUCCGGAAUUUGACAAGGAGCAAGGGAAGACGUCAAGCGUUCGUCUCUUUUAG